UGCUGAGUUAACAGCUGGAUCUGUCCAUGGUGCUGAAACCGUGUUCAGGCCUCCGGAUGUUUCUAUCCUGGUUCACAUAUCAGCUGCAUGCUUUUAGUUACACUGAGAGGGACAUGUUUGCUCUUCAUGGCUGAUUUAGGAGAGUCUUUGUAUUGUAACAGCGCUCAAAUGAUAAGCAAACUGCCGAGAGACGGAAAACAGCAAAGAGAGGGAGAGUCGAGGGGGUUGGGGGAGAUGAUGUCAUAGUUUUUAGUCUGUGCCAAGCAGAUGGCUGCAGCCGUCCUCCUGUCGCUUAGCUCCUGCUUCCAUCUCCAUCCCAAACAUCAGCCUCAGCUCCGGUGACUUACAAGCGCUGGAAACGGAAGCCGUUUAGAAGGACACACAGCGGAAACGUCCUCGUGUGCGCUGUAUGUGAGCGAAUGAUCCUCGAAGCAUAGGGCCAGUCCAAAUCUGAUAUGGACGAAAAUACCGGACCAAGCACGGGGCUUCGAUCGCUCUUCACUUUUGUCUUCAUUCUGUAUUAUGACCAGACGACAGUGUGGACGAGCUAGUCCUGCCCAGAAAGGAGGAGGAGGAGUAGGAGACACACGCACAAGGGUGUCGACGGAGAGAGGCAGGAGCAGAGGAGCAAAGGCGGGGAGCAACGGGGGGAAAUAGACUAGCUAAUACAUCAAGAUACUGAUAAUGGCUGCUAAAUCGGACGGGGUCCUGAAGAUGAAGAAGAGCGACGUGGCCUUCACCCCUCUGCAAAACUCGGAGCACUCUGGCUCGGUGCAGGGACUCCACCCGGGCGGCCAGCUGGACUCUGCGGGCACCGGGGACGGGGAUUUUGCCAACGGGGAGUCGCGGUGCUGCGGUGGGGGAGGCUCAAACUCGACGUGCCUUCGUCUGGGAAAAGGGCAGCAGAAAUAUACGGUGUGGGACUGCUUGUGGAUCGUAGCCGCCGUGGCCGUUUAUUUGGCCGAUGUGGGCACCGACGUGUGGCUGUCGGUCGACUACUACCUCCGCCACGAUUAUUGGUGGUUCGGCCCGACGCUCUUUUUCGUUGUGUUGGGUUCCUUCUCGGUCCAGCUCUUUAGCUUCAGAUGGUUCGUCCACGACUUCAGCACCGAGGACGGUGCCGAUUCUGUCACCGAUUGCUCCCUCAUGGAUGGGAAUAAAUUGCUUAGCGGCUCGGCCUCACACGGUGAUGUUACUGCUCAACACCACCCGGCCACGCCGCAGAGGCAGGCGUCGACCGCCAGCAAGAACCCCACCACUAACAGCACGGCGAGCACAGCGCUGGGAAACAGGAAUAGGAAACGCUCGGCCUACUACUCCUUCUGUGUGUGGUUCGGCCAGUCCGUCAUUCACAUCAUGCAGCUGGGCCAGAUAUGGAGGUAUUUCCACACCAUCUACCUGGGUGUUCGGAGUCGUCAGGGUGCUGAGACGGAGCGCUGGCGUUACUACUGGAGGAUGGUCUAUGAGUUUGCAGAUGUGAGCAUGCUGCAUCUACUGGCAACCUUUCUGGAGAGCGCUCCACAACUGGUGCUUCAGCUGUGCAUUAUCAUCCAGACACACAAGCUCCAGGCUGUGCAAGGAAUGACAGCUGCAGCCUCCCUCGUCUCUAUGGCCUGGGCCCUGGCCUCCUAUCAGAAGGCCCUGCGAGAGUCUCGGGAUGACAAGAAGCCCAUCAGCUAUCUGGCAGUGAUUAUCCAGUUCUGUUGGCACUUCUUCACCAUAGCAGCCCGAGUUAUCACCUUUGCUCUGUUUGCGUCUGUAUUUCAACUCUACUUUGGCAUCUUCAUCGUCCUGCACUGGUGCAUCAUGACCUUUUGGAUUGUCCACUGUGAGACAGACUUCUGCAUCAGCAAGUGGGAAGAGAUUGUGUUUGACAUGGUGGUGGGCAUAAUCUACAUCUUUUCCUGGUUCAACGUCAAGGAAGGACGGACAAGGUGUCGGCUUUUUAUCUAUUACCUGGUAAUCUUGAUGGAGAACACUGCUCUCAGUGCGUUGUGGUAUCUCUACCGAUUUCCUCAAAAUACUGACGCCUUUGCAGUGCCAGCACUCUGCGUCAUUUUCAGCAGUUUCCUCACCGGCAUUGUUUUCAUGCUCAUGUACUAUGCCUUUUUUCACCCGAACGGGCCACGCUUUGGACACUCACCAAGUGGCCAAGGCCUUGACCUGGACCCUACUGCUCAGUUCUCCACUCUGCCAUCAGAAGGUGCCACCAAUUCACUGCGUUCGAACCGAGGUGCUACCACAACUCUAGAACGACACGACAUGGGCAAGUAUUCUGAGCGAGAUGGCUGCAUGCCAGUGUUUCAGGUCCGAUCCACAGUGCCAUCAACGCCAUCUUCUCGUGCUCCACGCCUAGAGGAGAACGUCAUCAAGAUCGACCUUUGUAGGAACCGCUAUCCAGCCUGGGAGCGUCAUGUUCUGGACCGCAGCAUUCGCAAAGCAAUUUUGGCCAUAGAUUGCUCAUUGACUCCUCCACGGCUGCAGUACAAAGAUGAUGCUCUGGUACAGGAGCGGUUGGAAUAUGAGACCACUCUAUAGUCCGCUCAGCUUUCGGAAACCCUGCAGGGGCACAGCAACAGAGUGGUAUCCUGUGAUCACAUAAACAGCAACAGGAACUGUGGCAAUAAGAAUUUGUUACUGGCAUCAGUUUCAAUAUCUUCAUCUCCCAUUGCUGUCGUUCUUUUUCUAUUUCCGGGUAUCAGAAGUGUCGAGAAACAGUCGGGACUGUUGGUAAUGGCUGGAUGACCAACUCAGUACAAGUUCAGUUAGUGUCACUGGUGGGAUUGCUGCUGGUCAGAUUGUUGCUAUUAUUUUUACUAACACUUAUCUGGUAAAUGCUGUCUUCUAUGGACUAAAUACUAAAUGAUACUCUGCUUAGAACAACAAGAAGCGAGUGUGUUAAGGGGUGUUAGGUUAAAGCUGUAAAAUAAUAAAAACUGGAAUUGUCCAUUGUCCAUACAGACAGCUUUUAAGUCACCAGAUACUCCCAUAAAGCAAAGGAGACCUGAAUUACAAACUCAAACUUGUCCAAAUGUGUUGGUGUCCUACCAUAUCAGCCACAAGCAGGUGGGUACUCUCAGUCAUUACUCUCUUUCUCUUAGUGCCAAAAAGGGUCAUUGCGAACAUCCUCUAGAUUCCUCUACAAACAACUUAGGGGUGCCUGCAUAAUCCAGAAGGUUCUUCUUUGAGCUAGACCUUUCAGUGUUAUUGGACAUCUGUGAUCAACACUGGAAGAUGGCCAGAAAGUGACCUACGAGAAGACAGUGGUCAAAGUAGCAUCUAUGAGCAGUGAUGGUGUUUUGUUUGGGCAAAACAUACUAAAUGAUAAGGCUGAAUGUUAUAAUAGGAAGCAAGAAAAGGGGGCAAAGGUCAAAUACUAGCUAAUGGUCUCGUUCUGAAAAGGAAGCAUUCAAACCUACUCAAUGCCAAGAAAAAAAAUCUUCCUGGCAGCUCAACAUAACUAUUUGUAGUCCGGCCUCAGAAACACAGCUGCAGAAUUAUUCUAAUCUUUGCUUGUAUGUGGAGGGUGAAAGCAUGUGCCAGACACCAAUGAACCGAAGAGAGGAGAGAGGAUGAUACCGGAAAUGGAAAUGAGUUGAGGAUCGAAACACAGACAAGCAGCCAACUCAGCCAUUCCAACCAGGAUGUACAGUACUCAUGCAACAUGCAGCAUUUUUCUUUUAGAGAUGAAGUAGAGGCUACUGAAGUCGUGUGUGUGUGUGUGUGUGUGUAGUUUACACAAAACAAGCAAAGGAACGUGUGGUUAGUCUGUCUGAAUAGAAUCUUUGCUGUAGAUAUGCAGGUGACACACGUCACCUUUCGAGGAAAAAUUGCCCUUUUUAAAAACACUUUUACAUUUUGACUCAACACAUUUACCAACCAAACCACACAACACAGGUUAGCAUAGUGCUGGAAGUGUCCACUGGCAAAUGAGAAACCUAGACGGGAAAAAGCUUGAUCCUGAUCAUACUGCAUAUCAUGCUCUGGAAAAUAAGCGAUGGAAUACAAACAUUUUCCAUACGUAACUUUUAAUGUGGGUAACAAAGACAGUAAGUGUAAAUAACAGAAUGUAGGAUUUACUCAAUCAGAAAUGCAAUGCUGUGACAGGCGGUUAUCCAAAAAUGACUGUUGGUGGUGUUAAAUGAUGAAACUGUAAACAUGUACAAGCUCCAACAGGUGGCAUUUGGGGCCAAAACAUUUUUCAAAGUCCAAUCUAAGGAUUAAACAUACACACAUAGUGUUGUUAUGUGGAAAUUACAUUUAUGAAAAUACCUCAAACAUUUAUUGUUUGAGGUAUUGUUAUUGUCCAAAAUGUUUAUGCUGUACUUCCAGUAGCUUGUCAUGGAUGACCUGGAUCAAGAUGGUGCCUGUUUUUCCCAAAAGUUUGUUCCAACCUGGUAGCAAGUUUCAGGGGAGUCAGGGGGUCUUACAAAAUUCAAAGGUUGAUAUAGUGCAUUACGAUGUUGUGCAGUGCACUAUAAAAAAAAUAUGAACAAUACAGUGUAAGUCUGUGUUUGAUGUUACCAGUUAAAUUGUCCUGGCCCGGUUGGCGUAGUGUGUAUUCCAAACCUUGGAACAUCCCUGAAAGAGAGAACCAGAGACUGAAGACAUAAGGAGGUGCUGUGCCAUCCCAUUUGCACCAUUCUGCUUACCCUCAAAACCCAAAUAACUACUUCAAGAAACGCUGGGCAGCAACAGACAAUAUCACCUCACAGACUAGUUGUCUGUUAGUCAAGAAUUUUAGCUCUCUCCCUGCUUUUCCUGUGCUAAGAUAGUGUCCAGAUAAAAGGAAUUCUAGGUGGUCUUUUGUCCAAAGUCUUUGUUUUAAAGCAUGGAAAGAGAAAAACACAAAGCGAGUCAAUGACAAUCAGGAUAUUCUGACCGGUCAUUGCAGUUAUUUGAAACCACAGCACAAUGGCCGUCAUAAUCUUGUUUAAACAAAGAUAUAAGUGAAAAAAGACUCAUUACAUACAGACCACUUAGAGAACAUACGGUUACGUUGUAACCUUGGUUCUCUGAGUGAGAGACUAUCUCUCCACUCCGUACAUAUGGAACAUGUAACGGAGUUGAGAGAUGAUGUGUAUGCAGAAUAUACUAUGCUGGUAAGUGCUGGCAUAUUCCCACCAUUUUUUGUGGUUUCUAUUAGAUAGAAGUUUCAAUUACAUACUGUAUGUUAGGGUUUUUUAAUAAUUGUGUUUUCUUCGUGGUGACAAGUCAAAAAUGUUUUCUGUAAAAAAAAUAAAAAUUCAAAGAAGCAAUCUUGAAUGAUACAGAGAUAUUUUUGUGCUUACACCAAAGCCUCUGUGUUUUACCAGAGACAUACUUUUAAAGGACUAUAGCAGUGGUUUUGCACGUUUUAGAAAAUCUUUUUGCAAAACCUUUUGCUGUAUUUCUCGAGUUUCACUAUAGUCUUUGAACUUUUGUUGUUAGUUGUUAUUAUUAUAAAGUAAUGCAUUGGAGACUUCCUAAGUAUCCGGUUGUUCAGUCUGACGUCACUAGCCGUGUCUGGGCCUAAACUCCGCUGCAGGUCCAUAUAUUAAACGAUCAC